AUGGGGCUCCCGGUCACGAUUAAAGUCAAYUUUCGCGGGAAUGUGAAGAGAUUCCUGGCUCAGGAUGUGGACAAAUUGGAGUGGGAGUCCGUGGAAGCCUGGAUCAAAGCGUCAUUUGGGAUCAACCACUUUCAAGUUAAAUACUUUGAUGAAGAUAAUGAAGAGAUCUGCAUAAACAGUCAAGAUGAAUAUGAAGAAGCAAUCAAGAGUGCAGAGAAGCARGGGAACCAGCUGCACAUGAAUGUGUACAAGAUGAAGGGCCAGGCAUGCGGCGGCCCUCUGAAGGCGGAGGUGAAGGAGCUUAAAGGAGACCUCCGUCCUGCUCCGCCUUACCCGUCAAGAGUUAAAUCCGUGGACAAAGGCACUCAGAUCACUCCAGAGCGAGAAAGCGUAGCAGUAAAAGAAAACAAGGGGAAUAAACCUGACGAUGAUCCUCCUCCUAUGUGGUUCAGAUCGUACAUGGAGAAGUUUAAGGACGAAGUCGUAAAGGAGGUGGUGGAACGGAUGUGCAACGACUUCUCCGGCCAGUGUUGCACUCACAAGUCCUCCGACGGGCUCCAAGAGGACUGUGGGGYCAUUGAAGGACCUAUAGGGCCCCGACCGGGCCCCUCCACCUCUAACGGAUCGCUAGGGUACACCCCAAACUGCAGCACCUGCAACAAGCUCACCUCUGAGGGGGCUUACAAAUGCAGUGUGUGCCCAUCCUGCAUCCUGUGUGAGAUGUGCAGACACAGCCACGAUCCGAGCCACAGCCUGGUGAGAACCAAGACGCCUCUCUCCAUCCCCGAGCAUGGAAUGUCGGGAGAGUUUAGGUUCCCAAGGCGAGGAGACAGGACUGUGCGCAAGGCCGAGAGACAGCGCCUCAAAGCUGAAAGAAGGCAGCUGAAAGCAGAGGUGAAGGAAAUCAAGAAGAAACUGAGGCUGGAGAAGAGGGGGAUGCAGUGGAGCGGACCCUCUACCUCAGACAGAGCCAGCCUGGCAAACAUGGCGUCCACAUCCACCCAGUUCCCGGCGCUGCCUCCUCCCGCUGCCUCAGAAUCAGCCUCAGGUCCCGCCACAGACCCAGGUCACAUCCCAGCCCCGGUCCCCGACCCCCAGGCCUCCAGUCCAGAGGGUCCUGGGGUCUCGCACACGUCCUUGGUGCCCACUAUGGCUGCCUUGUUUCUGGAUGAAAAUCUGCCUGAUAACACCCGUCUGGAGCCUGGUACCAAGUUCAUCAAAUACUGGAAGAUGAAGAACUCGGGCACAAUCAGCUGGACUUCAGAGACCAAGCUAGUGUUCAUGUGGGGAAACCUCGGCUUGGCGUCGGAGGAGAGGAGGGAGGUUCCAGUGCCCCUGCUGCUUCCGGGACAAGUGGGCGUGGUCAGUGUGGCCUUUGUGGCUCCCGUCAUGGAGGGGAUGUACACCUCCCACUGGCGGCUGGCGCACUGCGGCUGUCAGUUCGGCCCGCGGGUCUGGUGCAGCAUUGUGGUCGACUCUGGCAGCGGCCGCAACGGGCUCGGGCACCAAAGCAAGCGAUUGAAGGAGGAGGUGAAGCCGGCAGAGAAGGAGGCGACACCCAAGGAGAGCGGCCCUGCCUUUGCUGCAGACCUCCCCCAAGAAGACUUCUACUUCCCAUCGGUCGACCUGCUGACCGCACAGGAUCUGCUUUCAUUUGAGUUGCUGGACAUAAAUAUUGUGCAAGAGUUGGAAAAAGUCCCCAACAACACUCCCGUCGCUUUGACUCCCUGCAUCUCCCCCCUCCCCAAUGAUUCAUCUUUGUUGGAAAGGACGAUGACUUCACAGACGAAGGACGAGUCGGAGACCACAGGAGUCCGUAAACUCUUCGGAGUCAAACUGAGGCCCAAAGACGUGUCGGAGCCCGUAGCGCAAGACGAGGAGAAGGAGGAGGAGAUCAGCGGAGCUCAGUUCCUCUGCGAGACGGUGAUCCGCUCCCUCACGCUGGAGGAGGCCCCGGACCACAGGCCCCUCCGCCGAGCCAAGCACAGCAGCCUCAAACCGCAGGUUGUUACCCGGGGGCCCGGCUUUGGCUUUGAGAGGGGAGUCGGGGUGGAGGAGAAGCAGAAGGGGAAAGUUAAGCAGGAGGAGAUGAAUGCCGACAGAAUCCAGAGUUUAGCGCCGCCUGUAAAUACCGUCUUCAACCAACUGUCCCAGGGAGAGGACGACUCAAGGCCAGAUCCUGAGCUCGGAGCCGACAAUGUAAACCUUAAUAUCAGUUCACAUCAAGAUAAUGAAGACAAAGAGGUUUUGCACGCUAUGCAAAACAUGAAGGAGAAGAAUUGCGAGAAAGAAGAAGGCAGAACCAGAGAAGACUGGGAUGAGGUCAGCAGCCAGACGUCCUCCGUCUCCUCCAGCGACGACUACAUCAUCGUCCUCCCGGACUGCUUCGACACCAGCCGGCCCUUGGGCGAGUCCAUGUACAGCUCCGCCAUGUCGCAGCCCGACACCGCCGCCGCGAGCGCCACAGCGGCCUCUUCGACCGACCCGGACCAAGAGCAGGCAAAGGACGAGCCCUGCAACUUUGAGCCGUGCAGGGAGGCACCGCUGAUGGAGAGGAAGGAGGAAGAGACCAUCGCCGUGGAGGAGUCGCUUGGCAACACCUGGCCCCUCCACGUCUCGCCCAUCCACAGCAGCGUGAACCAGAUGCUGUGCGCGUCCCAAACGCUCGACGCCGUGACGCUCACGCCUGAAGUGGUGCCGCCACCUGUCGUGCCUCAGCCCCUGCACCCCACACCGGUCAUCUACUCGCCCAGAUCGGAGGCGCUGUAUCUGGCCGGGGAUCCCAGUCCUCCGGCCUGCGAACCGUACGAGCCGCAACAACCACGGGUUCACCUAAAUGUAUCAUCCGGUCUGUCCAGAUCAGCCGGCUCAGCAUGCAGUGCCUUUGAGGCGUACAAUCCGAGAGCGGGCAAAGCGCUGCAGCCAAGGGGCCAAGGAGGCAUCACAGAGGGACUUGUCAAAGGGGCCCUUUCUGUGGCCGCAUCUGCUUAUAAGGCUCUCUUCACUGGACCAAACUGUUCCAUACAGCGAGGGAUCGACCCUGCCAGACAGGACCCUUCCAUGAUGGCCGUGCUGCUGGAGAUGGGCUUUAAGGACCAGCGGCUCAACCAGCAGCUGCUGAGGAAGCACGGCUACAACCUGCUGCACACCGUCAACGAGCUGGUCCAGAUGGCCGAGGAAAGCCAGAACGAAGCUGCUGACCCUCCGCAAUGAGCCGAAGCCGAGCUUUUGCGAAGGCGCCUCCUAGACUCAUAGGAAAAGAGUUAUUUCAGCUUUUGAGCUUAAUUUAAAAAAAGAGUAAUUAUAGAGUUGGGCUUUUAAAUGUCUCAUCUUCUUGUGUUUGGAUUUGUAAUUUUUUUUUUUUUUGAUUGCUUUUUCAACAUUACACUACACUUUCGUCUCCAAAUAUAUGGAAGAAAAAUUGAAGAUAUAUAUAUAUAAUGGCUUCUCUUUCCCGUUUUGAUUUAGCUUUACCGCUUUCUUCAAACAUUAGCCAUUUACUGUACACCUUCUUGUAAAUGAUUCUCGUUGGUAGCUUGGUUUACCUGGGGCCGUUGAGUUGUUGUACGUGUUGGUCGAAAAUGAGCGAAAACUGAAAUAUCGAUGAGUUAAGUGUUUUUUUCCCCCCAUAAUUUCCUCAUCCCUGUGUUUGUAUGGCUGAUGUAGCUGCUUAUUCAGCGCUGUAAAAUAAUUGUGCUCUCUUAAGGUCGGGUUAAUUAUACAUAGAGAUGAAAAUGAAACUUUGUGUGAGGUGAACUGGGUCAGGAAAGCUAGCUCUGGAGUCAAACUAAUGCUACUGAUGCUGCAUGGGUUAAGAGUCAGAGGGCAGUAAUAAGAUUAGAUAUUUAAGUUUUUUGUUUUUUUUCUUUAAUUAUUGUAGUGAAAUUUGCCUAACAAUGCAAUCUUCUUCUGUAUCAGAGUACUGUUAUUUUAGACGUUGACAUGUGGAAUGUAUACCAAACUCUCAGAACGGAUCACUGUUCAGAUUUGGAUGUUUUUUUGACACCUGCAUGAUGAAUAGAGGCUAUUAGAGACAAGUCAUGUUCUUGUGGUCUUAGCACAGUCACAGUGAAACAAAAACACAGCUUUGUGACAUCUUUUAUCAUCCCACACACCCUUGCCUGCAUUUUCACAUGUCUUGGUCAAAAACUCAAAGCGAAACCCAGCAAUUUUCAGUUAGCACUACUUAAACUGAGAUGUCUCUUAAAACACAUUCCUCAAAGCUUAUGGACCCAAGUAUAUUUGAUUUUGACUGCGUUGCCUCUUGUGUGCGAUGAUGAUUAGUUUACCGAAACAUGCUUGUCAUGUAAGCUGACAUUGUGUUGUGUGUCUGGACUUAACUUUGCGUGUGUGUGUGUGUGUGUGUGUGGUUGAGCUUUUUAGGAACCAUUGUUUUUGUUAUGUUUACAAUUGUUCAAGUAAAAAAACAAAAAAAAGAAAACAUGCUCUUAAGAGUAACUCUGAAUAUAUCUACCUUGCUUGUCAAAUUAUUCUUCUGCAACAGAGUGUACACUUUAAAUACUCUUCUCCCAAUCUGCCAAUAAACUCUUUGCCCAUCUGUUUCUUUCCACCUUAACACUGAAAAUCUAGAGAUGUUGGUCUGAAAGUUGGUACAGAAAAUAAAUCCUUUAAGAUUCA